GCGCCCGCCCGACUGCCCGCCAUGGUGUCAUGGAUCAUCUCCAGGCUGGUGGUGCUUAUAUUUGGCACCCUUUAUCCUGCGUAUUAUUCCUACAAGGCUGUGAAAUCAAAGGACAUUAAAGAAUAUGUGAAAUGGAUGAUGUACUGGAUUAUAUUUGCACUUUUCACCACAGCAGAGACAUUCACGGACAUCUUCCUUUGUUGGUUUCCAUUCUAUUAUGAACUAAAAAUAGCAUUUGUAGCCUGGCUGCUGUCUCCCUACACAAAAGGCUCCAGCCUCCUAUACCGGAAGUUUGUACAUCCCACACUGUCUUCAAAAGAAAAGGAGAUUGAUGACUGCCUGGUCCAAGCAAAAGACCGAAGUUACGAUGCCCUUGUGCACUUUGGGAAGCGGGGCUUGAAUGUGGCAGCCACGGCGGCGGUGAUGGCUGCUUCCAAGGGACAGGGUGCCUUGUCAGAGAGACUCCGGAGCUUCAGCAUGCAGGACCUCACCACCAUCCGGGGCGACGGUGCCCCUGCGCCCUCCGGCCCCCCACCACCAGGGCCUGGGCGGGUCAGCGGCAAACAUGGCCAGCCUAAGAUGUCCAGGAGUGCCUCAGAAAGUGCUGGCAGCUCAGUGUGUACCUGCUGUUCCACCUGCAGGACCUGGAAAGUGGUUGAGGGAGAUGUGAAUGAGGGUGGUAUGAAGGCAUGGGAGCCCCACCGGCUCCAAAACCCACUGGCGUUUUCUGACGAGGAAGAGGAAGACCUGCUGGAUUUCAUGUACAAGUAUAAGGCACCUCGAAAGACGGAUUUGCCCCUGGAGGUACACGGUGUCUGGGGCUUCGGGCUGGAGCAUGUGUUUGCACAAGGGCUUUGCCCUGAAGAUCUGGAUGUCUUGGGUUCAAACCCACCCACAGGCACCUCGGGAGACAGGACUGGAGUUCUGCUUCCGAAAGAUCAGAGCCGUGAAAACCCUGUGGAGCAGUUCUACUCUGCACACACAGGGUCGCCAGGAGUUGGUAUCAACUCAAGGGCAACUAACAAUAGCAGCAAAGGGGACUAGAAACAUGCAAGACAGAGAGGGACUUCCAGGCAGAAAGAAUAGAGGCAUGAAGAGACACACUGCAGAAGAGAAAGUUCAGUCCAGAAAGAAGAGGACAGAGAUAGGGCUUGAAGGCAGACCAGCUGUGUGAAGCCCCUUGAGUGCUAAGCUAAGAGAGAAUUUUUCUUUUAUUCCACUGUAAUAGUAACUCCCCCUGUGAUUUGUGUAUCCCAUGAAGGAGGGAUCCCUUGAGUUAUUUGUGGGGGAGAUGAUGCGGGAUCCUUAACAAUCAGAGGUGGUGCUUGCCUUUGUUUUUGUGUGGUCUGCUGUGCAUUAAUGGGUUUCCGUCCAGAAAGGGGACUGGAAAUCCGGUGAUGGCAAUUUUCAGCAUGCGCCAAGAAACAUGAGGCUGCUUCCCAAAGGAAAAAACAAAGAGAAGGGGAGAGACGGGGAGGCAUUUCUCUCUGCUGAGUCACUUGUUUCGGUUGUUUUGCUCCCAAGGCAGAAACUAGAAAGUCAUUUGCCUAGGGGAUCUAGAGACUUUGGCGAGGGUGAAGCACUGAGAGGGAGGUGCUGGCUUCUCGGUUAGCUUCACAUUGGUGUUCAGGCUGUGACUGACUCCUGUUGUGAAGACUCAAGAGUGGCCCCCGCCCCCAAGAGUCCACAUUUAUGCCAAACUGAGGGAUGCCUUUCUUUCUGUUUUCUCUACCAGGCACCGCCUAGAGCCCUUCGAUCUCGCUUCAGGAAGAAAAGUACCUCAUCCUUGGCACUGAAACCACGUGAGUGAGAUGAGCCAACAGCACCGGGAUCCACAGAAUGUUUCUUCUCUGCCUUAAAGAGCUACUCACUAAUAACAGAAAUCCACAAGCUCGGUGUGCUUUGAGUGUGCAGACUCACAGACACGGCCUUUUCUCUCUCCCCUCUCCCACUUUUAGCCUUUUUCCUUUUCUUUACUUUUCCGGGGAGAGUACAAAGGUAGAGGCAGUGCGUGGGGGCGACCUGUACGUCCUCUGAGGUUAGUGGUUUUCCACACCUGAAUCGUCGUUAUGGACAACGGUGUUUCAGAAACGUCAGCGCCGCCUCACACUGCUGAGAUGUACAUUUGUAAUUUAUCUGUUGCAUACUUAGUUUUUAGUCCUGUACAUGCAAACAAUUUUUUUUUAACUUUUUUGUUGUUGUUCUUCGUACUAAUACUUUGGACUAUGAUGUACAUAUUAUGGCUUUCAGCUUCAUGUAAUGGACUUACAAGGGCUGCCAGAGGUUCUGAUAUGUAAGGAAACAGCAAAAACAGAAAUGUAAAUAAUUGUUUUGAUUCCCGAGACUGUCUCAGAUUGUUGACAAAGCUUCCAAAUGCAACUCCAGUCAAUGUACUUUUCCUGCAGGCAGCUGGCCCAUCUCCUUUACACGGUUGUCUGGUCAAUAUGCUAGAGGUUAGAUGAGACUUUAAUGACAGGUGAGUGUGACGAGAUGUCAAAGGCACAGUCUGGGCUAAGACAGGAGUCACUAGAAGCAAGCCUCCCCCUUGGAUUCAGGAGCUUCUGAAACCUUUCAGGGGAUGUAACAUCGCCUUCAGCGGCUGACUCGCCCCUGGAAUGUGGACUCACAGAGCUGUUGUGAGACACGAUUCUGAGUGUUUCCAAAGUGGCUGGCAAAUGAUUUUCUCCUUUGUAGUCACCCGUGCUGCUACUAAUUCCCCCACCUAAAAGGGCCUACAGUCUGAAUACCCUGCUUUAGACGAGAACAGGGAGCGAAAGAACUAGAAGUCCUCUUUGUUUCAGAUAUGCCGGGACAUAUGUGUAACGUUAAAAAUGGUGGCUUCUAGGUUUUAGAGGUUGAGAUCACUAUGGGUAAGACUUGCUCCUCAGAUCCAUGGGCAGCUGUGGCUCUCGCUCUUCUGUCCCCCUCCUGACUCAGACAGGAGGGGAAGGAGAGAGAAGUCUAUGCUCAUGGGUGCUCUAGGUCUUAACGGACAUGUCAUACAAACCUGGAGCCCCUAAUAAAGGAAGAAAGCGUUAUCUGAGGGGACUUCCUACUUAGACUGAGAACUUUAUCUGUAAAGGAGAAUACGGUUUCAUGGCAUUUUGCUCUGAGGUAGCUGCUCUUCCCUCUGGGAGCUGAGCAUAGAUGUAGGACUAAUAUAUCUGUGUUUAGAGUUGUGUUUUCCUUAAGUGUAAUGCAUGCAGUGGUCACAACCGAGUUACUCACAAUAUUUGGAUUGCGUUUGUCCAUAGAUACGCCCUGAAGACUAGAGAAUUAAUGUUAUGUACCACCACACAGAACUUACUGCCAGCUACCAUCAACGGGCCCAUUAAAGGCUGUUUCAUUGCUGAGCUGUGUGAAGGUCCAUCAGCAGCCUUUGUUAAUGACACAUUAGCUGGAUCUUAGCCACCUCAGAAAGGGUUUUCCUUGAGGUUGACUGUUGCCAGAUAUGCAUAUUUAAAUCACUUCUUCCCACAGUUCCUCUGAAGGUGGUUAUGUAAUUUACUAAAGGAUUUGGGAAAAUAAAUCUGAAAGCAGGUUUGAGGUUGAGAGGGCAAAUAGAGGCUGUCUGUUCAGUGUGUGUGCUGACACCACCACCAACUAAACCUGGUACGAAAAGGCAGAGAAUGGCUUCAGACGGAAGAAAACAUAUUCUUCAGAAUGUAUUUGCCUGUUAGUUGAGAGUACCCAGAAUCAUCAGGAACAAAUGCAGAAAAAGGUUAGGCAGCUUUUUAGCAACUUCUUUUUUUUUUUUUUUUUUGCCAAUAUAAUAAAUGCCUCUAGCAGCAGAGAUUAAAAUUCUAUUGUGAACAAGCUAUAUUUUCACCAUAUUACUACGGAAAGUUUUAACAAGUACAGGCUGUCAAGUUUGCACUCAAUUAUGCCAAAAAAAGUUUGAAGCACUCCACUCUCAGACAUGCUGUAUUUAUUACUUCUCAUUCAAGAAUUUAAAAAAAUUAAAGGUAUCUAAACUGCUGUCUUAAUGUAAAUGUAACUGUUCUUUCCAGUGUUGAUUAGGGAGUUGGUUUCUCUCUUAAAGACACUCACUGUAUAACUGAGAGCGGCUGUCGUAUUUCUAGCAAAACGUGUUUACUUAUCCAAUGAGCUGUAUGUUUGUGUAUGGACUGCCAUAAACUGUGAAUGCCCACAUGUGUCUGGUAGUGCUGUGGUGUUCUGCCUAGAGGAUGUAACAGUGUUUCUCAUUUGC